AUGGCCAUGGACGCACUCAGAAACCUGGCCAACAAUAUACCCGACUGGCAAAGGCGCCUGGAUGACUUAAAUGGCCAGAUUGAACGACGUCAAGCAGAGCUCGGUGCUAUUUCCAGAACUGAUGCCACAUCAAUCACCUCGCCCCGAUCCCUCCGCAACAAAGGCUCAGCAGAAUCGCUGAAACCCAAGGAUGACGGGCCCAUGCAUCCCGAGUCGGAAGUAGCCCUGGUCUCAAGUCGAAGUCCGCGGAAGGGACAGCCUCCCCGAACACCAUCGACGCCAUCUGGGGAAGCCAAGGCGACGCCGGCUUCGCCACCAAGCCCUGGUAGCGAAAACAGAGCAGCUCUGCAUAGGCAGGCUCGCGAAGCUGUUGCCGCUCACACUAGAGCGUUGGCACAAGCGAAGAAGAAACGCAAGUCGUCCUCAGUCGUAUCCGCAGAGGGCGCUCCACCCACCUAUCGAACUCGCAGCAUGAUUAUUGUGUACUACGAUAGCUACGUCCAAGGGUUUUUCGAUGAAUUGGUUCGAUUUAUCUCGUCAAGCAGGAACUUGAUGCGCAAGGCAAAAAUGGCAGCCAAGGUAGCGCAGAUCAAGCGCAUGGCGGAAUUGGAAAUUGCGAAUGACGCAAAACGCACGAGCGACGAGAGGUUCGCCAUGGACGCUAUCCCAUCAUUACGAUAUAUGAGCACCCGCCGAAAUGGUCCCAUGUCAGCUGACCAAACAUCUGCAGAGCCAGGUCGUGCGACAGGCUCUGAACAGCCCUCUGAUGUAUACGACUCCCUAGACAAGAGUUUAGAAGUUGUGCAAAGCACAUGUGAGCAUGGGGCACAUCAGUUUCUCAGGGACGCUGACUGCUAUGACGAGAUUGCAAAAAUCCAAUCGCGGCUGAUCGAGGUGUUGGCAUCGGCAAGACAAGAGAUGGAUCGAGUGGAACGGGAGGAUCCCGAGCUUGCCAAAGAGACAGGAGACAUGGGCAAGGCACGUAUGCAUCGCCCCAUAAGUGUGAGACGAGACAUGGCGGCCGAAUACAAGGACGAUAUAAAGUUGGAGGACAGACGCUUGACGUUGGAGAUUUCUCCCGCAAAGGAUGCCACAUCCCUCUCAGCAGUCGCACUUGAGGUAGAUACCAACUUGGAAGAAGAGGACAUGGACACGCUGCCAGUGCUGCAGUAUCGAUCUACGAGAUUGAUGCGUAGUCGACCUGUUUGA